UCUCCAACUUUUCGGAAUAGUAACCACCAAACUCGAUACUCGUUUUACUUUUAUUAACUCGUUUGUUAAACCUACACUAAAGAUAUUAUCAUGAUGAAGUUCUUCUUUGCAUUGUUUGCCGCUUUCGCUACCCUCUCCAUUGUCAACUCUCGAUCCAUCAAAUUAGAAAAUCCCCGAACUGACAGCGAUAACACUGUGACAGCCAAGAGAAGCCCCCGAUCGAUUGAACUUGAAGGAUCAUUCCCCAGCCUUAUCGAACAAAAAUUAGCUGAAUUCGAACUCAUGGGAAACACUAUUGACGAAACCUCUGCCCAUCUCCAAAAGAGAUCAACCCUGCACAAAAGACGACACCACCAGAGAACCACUAAAGGACACCCCAAGAGGCACAACAUGGCCGCAUUCUUCUACGUCCCUCCUAACGGCAAGUAAACUAAAGAAACUUCCAGAACUUUCUAGAACUAAAAGAGAUUUCUAGAAACAAAACGAACUGCUUGAGCCGAGCGCACGUUUUUUUACGUUGUGGACUCAUUAAAUUAAAUAUCGAACGCAUUGAAUUUUACGAGCAGCUAUCCUGCUUUUGACUAACGAUUUUUUUAGAUUUAGGUUGAUUUUUAAAUCCCUGUUUAAACUAAUUCGCUUUGUUAAGAGCACAGGAUAAAUGUUCAGUUUUUUAAAUUGUCGGUUGAGGCCGACGAUGAUCCUUAUCCGGUUGCUAUGCAAACCAAACCAAACCGAUAAAUUUUAACAAUUGUUAUUUAUUUCGUGUUGAUCAAACUUAAAUUUUGCUGGGUACCGCAUGAGGGCAUUUAUUAUUUAACGAUUUUAAGAACCAAUUUGCUAGAUAAAUCUGUUUAUAAGUCCGAUUAUAAGCAUGUUUAUUGUUUAUAUGUCCAAUUAUAAACAUGUUUAUUGUUUAUAAGUCUGGUUAUAAACAUGUUUAUACACACUGGAUGUUUAUAUAGUGUUAUUCCCAGGUUGCCAGGGCAGGGUAAUUUGUAGACCUCCUUGUAGAACUGGCGAUGCUAAGUGCCGCUGCCUCUGUCUGCCUAUUGCCUAAUCCAUACCUGAAAAAGCCUAGUCCAUACCUGAAAAGCUAGGUGUAUUUGUUGCCUUGAACUUUGUCAUUUCUUGAAUGUCUGGUAUCAGUAACAUAAAUUUGAAGGCCUGUUUUUAGGGCAUUUUGGAAGCUAGUUUAAAGGGCAUUUUGAAAGCUUGUUUUUAGGGCAUUUUGGCUGAAUUGAACGCAUGCUGUUUCGUCACCCCACAAGAAUUUCAGCCAAAAUGAUAAAAACAGCCGAAAAAGCUGACUUGGGAAUAUGCUAGAUUUAUUAAUUAAUUUUGAUGUUUUGAGAAGAUAUUAAGUUAUUAAUUAUUUAUUUAGAUACAUAUAUCGAUAAUUUAUUUAGAUAUUUAAUAUACAAAGUAUUUAUGUGCACGGAAAAAAAUCGUGAUGUGAACAGAUUUCGAACUUUCGUUUCAAAAACACACAUUUCGUAAUUGAAAGUCUUGUACUCCGUCAGCAAGGUUUCUACACAGUUUCCUGCUAACUAAGAUUUCUAAACCUUACAAAACUUGAAAUCAGUCCAGCGCGAUACCGCACAAAUCAAAGGGGAUGCCCCACUCGGGGAUUCCACUCUGAUUCCGAACAUAUUUCUUUGCUGAAAUCUUCUAGAUUGCAAGACUUUUAACGUAUCAUCUAGAUAUUUGUUCGCUUCAAUGUUGAUCUACAUUUUAAAAGUUCAACUGCAUGAGUACUUAGUAAGUCAAAGAAAACGUAAAAUGAGAACAAUGUUGUCUAUUAUUUACACGUGUAUUCUUUAGCUUAAUUUAAUUUUAUACACCAGAGAUAUACUGUCUUUUAUUUCUUAAUUCUACAAGCUUUUCUGUGAGAAAAAGCCAAAAUCAAAACUAGAGUUCCAGUUAUGUUGAGUGAGACAGAAUGUGCAAUAUAAAAUUAUUAGGUGUGGUUUUUAAGGAAUUUAGGAAUUUAAUACCUUUAAAAUUAAAUUCUACAAAAAGAGAUUACAGCAUGUCAAUUGCAAAUGGGCCGGACUAUGCAGGAUGGUUCCGUUAUUAACAUUUGCACUCUAACUUUAGGCCACCCUGUAUCGUAAACUUGAUAAUACCGGCUAAAUCGUCAUAGUGCGAUUAGCAUGAGCAGGAAUGGGAGCUUUUUCUAGCAGAUAACAAAUAAUAAGAUAAAUUUCAUCGUCUAUGCAUCUGGAUUCUGCAGAAAGUUAAAUCAUAGCGGCCCCAAACAAUUCACGAAGAUUACCAAAAGGUUUAGUCUGCACAAAUUUCUCACGUGUACUCAGUUGCUUCAAAUACUUAUCUACAAUUUAGGACUCAUCAAGUUCCAAUCUCAAAGGGAGACCUCCGACUUCAGGACUACUUCCACUUUUGUCCAAAUUACAUAAUUAAUAAAAUAAUUUACAUAGUUAUCUCCGUUCGUGUAUGGUUAAUUAUUCUUCU